ACGUUCACAUUUUUGUAUGUAUAAUCAAGCCACACCAGAUAAAUAAAUUCUCCUAUAACUAUUUUAACUCUAUCUUCAAAAUCAAACCUUUACGUUGAUUGAUACCCCAUUCUUCUAUUGUGCGUGUGUGUGUGAGAGAGAAAGAGAGGGAGUUGGUUGAAAAUUGAAAUGAAUGCAUUGAGAAACAGGUAUUUUGAUUUCAGCUCAGGUGGGGCAUGAUUUGAAUCUCAAUAGAAAAGGGGAAGGAAAAGAUGAAGUGUUUCUACUACUUCAAGGAUAGGAGCAGAACCAGAUUGCAGAAAUCAGCUCCAAUCCUCAAAGACGACACCAAAUCUGACAUCUCCGAACCCGAUAGGAUCACCAAAUCUUCAUGCUCGGCCACUUCGCCCCGCACCAUACCCGAAUUAUACUCCGAGAAAGCUCAGAAUUUGAGGGUUUUCACAUUCUCCGAGCUGAGGCAGGCCACCAACAACUUCAGUCGUUUGCUCAAGAUUGGGGAAGGCGGUUUUGGGAGUGUUUACAAGGGCACCAUCAAGCCUGUUGAGGGAAAGGCUGAUCCUAUUGUUGUUGCUAUUAAGAAACUCAACAGGGAUGGCUUUCAGGGUCAUAAGCAAUGGGUGGCAGAGGUGCAGUUCUUAGGCGUCGUGGAGCAUUCGAAUCUUGUGAAACUGAUCGGAUACUGUGCUGUGGAUGGCGAGAGAGGAAUCCAGAGGCUGCUCGUGUACGAGUACAUGCCAAACAAGAGUUUGGAAGACCAUCUCUUCAGCAAGGUGUUUCCACCACUCUCAUGGGAUGCUAGGCUGCAAAUAGUGCUUGGUGCUGCUCAGGGAUUGGCUUAUCUUCAUGAAGAGUUAGAAAUUCAGGUUAUAUAUCGAGAUUUUAAGUCAUCAAAUGUGCUGUUGGAUGACAAGUUCAAGGCGAAGCUCUCGGACUUUGGGCUGGCCCGGGAGGGCCCUAAAGCCGGACAUAGUCAUGUUUCAACUGCGGUUGUGGGAACAUACGGAUAUGCUGCCCCAGAUUACAUAGAGACCGGGCACCUGACCUCAAAGAGCGAUGUAUGGAGUUUUGGAGUAGUCCUGUACGAGAUCUUGACAGGCAGGAGAUCUCUGGAACGAGACCGCCCCAAAUCCGAGCAGAAGCUGCUGGAGUGGGUGAAGCAGUACCCUGCAGAUAGCAAAAAGUUUGGCAUGAUUCUAGACCAAAGGCUCCAAAAUGACUACUCGCUGAGUGCAGCUCGAAAGAUCGCCAAACUAGCCGACGCCUGUUUGGUGAAGAGCGCCAAGGAUCGGCCGAAGAUGAGCAAUGUGGUGGAGACCUUGAAGCAGAUAGUGCAGGUCACAAGAGUAGAGAGCCCUCCGGCGAAAUAUGCAGAUGACGAGGCAACGAAGGGGGAGGAGGCCGCAGCUCCUGCGAAGGCGAUGGGGGCGUCGGAGUCGGCCAAGAGGCGAAUUGCGCACCUUGCUAAGAUUAGUGAACACAUUGGUGGAGUGAGUAGAAGGAGGUUCAUGAUCAUGCAGAGGGCUAAUGUGACAUGAUAUGAUAUCAACAACUUACAAAUAUAUUUACUUGUAUCAUCACUCUAUCAUAAGCUCCUUCGGUUGGCGCUCUUUUUUCUGUUAAUAAAUUUUGCUUCUUGGGAUGCGA